CAUGAAUGUACCCUGUAGUAGCGCAUGCGCACAGCGGUAUACGGAAGCUGUUGUCUCUCCCAGUCAUUCCUCCUUCAGUGUACCGACUGCCUUCUUCAGUUACCUCUCCCUCCACCGGCGGCAUCAGCACAUUAAAUGCUGUUUAUGUGAUUUACCGGGACACAGUAUCGUCUUCCUGACUCACUGAACUUGGAGCCUGCACAAUAUUAUCGGAGUGUGUGGGAGCAUCAUGUGGAAGACGGCUUCAGCUGCGGCCCUGCUGGCGUUAGCUGUUGGAUAUUUCUACCAAGGCAGCCCGCAGCUGCCGGAGCAGAUUCUGCAGUACAUCGGCCUGCCAAACUUCCAGACAUCACCUCAGAGUCAGAAAAGCCUGGAGCAGGUGAUCUCCGCCGCCUGGGAGACUCUGAUAACGCUGCCGACCCGGCAGUGGAGCAAAGUGGCAGUAGGGGUGAAUGCCUGUGUCGAUGUGGUCGUCACAGGGGUGGGACUGCUGCAGGCUCUGGCUGUGGAUCCUGGCACCGGCCUGAAUCACGAAGUGCUGCACUCCAAAGAGGACUUGAGGGAAGCCUUCAUCCAUUACAUGGAGCGUGGAGCAGCUGCCGAGCGCUUCUUCAGCGACAGCGAGGUCUUUCAGAGGAUUGCACGUGCAGCGGCAGAGUACCCCGGUGCGAAGCUGUACGUGGGAGGGAACGCUGCCCUCAUCAGUCAGAAGCUCGCCACCUACCCUGAUCUGAUGGUUUUAUUAUGUGGGCCAGUUGGUCCUAAACUCCAUGAGAUGCUGGACGAGCAGAUCGUCGUUCCCCCGGGCUCUCUGCAGGAGACGGAUGAGUAUCACCUCAUCCUGGAGUACAAAGCAGGUGAAAAGUGGGGUUCAACUCGGGCACCUCAAGCCAACCGCUUCAUCUUCUCUCACGAUGUGACCAACGGGGCGAUGAGCUCCCUCGAGAUGUUCGUGGAGAGUCUGGACGAGUUUGAUCCGGACCUGGUCGUCCUGUCGGGGCUGCACAUGAUGGAGGGUCAGGGCAGAGCGCUGUGGGAGGAGCGGCUGAAGGAGGCUGUGUUAGCCAUAUCUGACAUUCGCGAGGAUAUUCCCAUCCACCUGGAGCUGGCAAGCAUGACCGACAAAGACUACAUGAACAGCAUCAUGCAGGAGCAGGUUAUACCCAUUGUGAGCUCCAUCGGGCUGAACGAGCAGGAGCUGCUCUUCCUCUCUCAGGCCGGUGAGGGGCCGCAUGCUGACUUGGCUGCCUGGAAAGGCAUCCCAGACGUGGGCCGGGUGAGCGACAUCCUCCUCUGGAUCCUGGAGCUCCACGGCCGCAGCGAGCCGUCGUCCGAAGCGGACCUGACUCGCAUUCACUUUCACACGCUGGCCUACCACAUCCUGGCUACCGUGGAUGGAUACUGGGGGAACCAGGCGGCCGCAGUGAUGGCUGGAGCGCGAGUGGCCAGCAGCCAGGCCUGUGGCCUCCAGGCGGUUGACCCCAGCAAAGUGGAGCUCAAAGCCCCGCUACAGUUCCACAGCUCUCACACUGAGCCACGAGAGAAGCUGUCCCUGAACCCAGCAGAGCCUGUCACUGUGUGGCGCCGAGGAAACGUCUCCUUCCACCUGACGGCCGUGUUGGUGUGCAAACUGCCUCUUCGGACAGUCGGGCUCGGGGAUGCCAUCUCAGCAGAGGGACUAGUUUACUCCGAGUUAAAGACGCAGCAGCCCUUCUGAGGUUUGCUUGAAUCUGACACUCCAUUUGUCUGGAAGUCUGUGGUUGUUGGGUUGGAGUUUCUUAAGUUGUUCAGGCCUCCGUGUCCUGAACCACGUUCUGUGUCUUCCUUCCCGAGGCUCCUUUGAGUUUAAGAAUGUGAUCGAUGGUGAUAGUUUUAAAUCCUGCCUGAUGACUCCUCCAGCCUGCUCUGGUCUCCUCUGUCCUCCCUCCUCGACUCCUCCAGCCUACUCUGGUCUCCUCUGUCCUCCCUCCUCGACUCCUCCAGCCUGCUCUGGUCUCCUCUGUCCUCCCUCCUCGACUCCUCCAGCAGACACAGAAACUGAAGCGGUGGAUCUGACCGGGCUGUGAGGUGGCCUGACUCUAUGCACCGGCCGUGGCUAGAAGCCAUCUUCACAAACUCCAAAGAGUUUUGUUGGCUCAACUAAUUUACUUUGACCUGCAUAUCUUAAGUAUGCUGUGCCUUGAGAAAACAAAAAUAAUUUAAAGUUAUAAUAUUUUAUUCAUAUUUCAGAGCCAAACAAACUUAAAGCUAAGCAUCAGUUACCCUUCUGACAUAUUACACACGCAUAAAGAAGUCUGUUGGACUGGAAACCGAUGAGCGUCUUAAUAUAUUGUGGAAUCUAAGUGGAAUUCUUGAUGUUCUGUGUUUCUUCAACUUUUAGUACAUUCACGUCAAAUAGUCCCUAGAUCACUUGAAAGCUCAUUCUCACAUGGGCGACUCUUUUACGUGUAAUAACUGUUUAGACUUUAGAUAUAUUUGGCAAUUUUGUUGUUUGUCCCAAGAGGAUAGUAAUACUAGCGAGUGGCAAAGUUUUUAAGAUGUUAAAGCUUGUAAACUCUGAAUAACAACAGGUAUUAUAGUUAUUAUAAUGGCUGUUGCUUAGAAAUUCAUGAUGCAGCGUCUGUAUACAUGUUUGAAGGGGAUCCUUCUUUAUGCAGUAAAGUUUACCAUCAGAUGCCGGCUGAUUAAACCUAAAAAAGUCCUGUUGGCAAUAAAAUGAGAAUAAAUUCCAAAAUGAGCUGUUGGCCAUAUGUUAUCAGGGUUUCUGUACCUUUUUUAUUUGUUGACUGUUUUUGUACUCUGUCGUUCUUUUCAGUUGUUACUUUCCCUCACUUAUAAAAUGUGACUAUGUAACAUGAUUGGCUCAAAGAUCUUAAAAGCUGGCCAGUGUAACAUACUGCAAGAAAAGCUUCCUGAUUCUAGCCUAUAGGUACUAUAUUAUGCUUUUUUUAUGGGUUGUUUCUUAUUGUUUUUUAGCUUACUUGGGAACUGCAUUAUGAUACAUUAUGUAGCUAUCAGAACAAUGUCUUUGUAUACCUCACAUGGCCACUGAAGGCAUGCAAUAAUGGAGUCUUAAUGCAAACAUACAACAAAAGGAAGUAUGGCAUUUUGUUUAGCAGAAUUAAUUAUUUGCACUAGUACGAAGUGGCAGGUGUGCCUGCAGAGGUGAAUGUAACCUUUACUCCGAACCCCCUUUAUUUUUUAGCAAGUACAAUCUACUCAACUUAAGUCAUUUGAUAGUUUGUGUCUCAUGUUUUUAACAUUUGUAACUGUCAACAAGUUUCAUUUUCUUGUAGUUUGUCAUUAAAAUAUGUACGGAGAGUA